AUGAUGCAAGAAACCGUUACAAACUCCAACGAACGAAAAUCCUUGUUUUCUUCUUUUCUGGAGGUGCUAGAGGCUCGUGAAAAACAAGCACAAGCUGACAGGCAGCUGCAAGAGGAAAAAUAUUUAAGGAGGACUCAGAGAAUUUAUGACUUUCAUGAGCGUCAACGUCGUGAGGCAGUUGAAUUACGACGAUGCUUGGACUACGUAUCACAGCACGCACACGUACUCGAGACGGUCCUGCGUGGAGCAGGCACGGCUGGGUCCCCUGGCGCUGAAGCACCCCUGAGCGCGACCCUGGUCCGUCAGGCGGCCGCUCUGCAGCGUUGCAUGGCGCAGUGCGUUGUCAACGCCAGCCGCAUCCGUCAACUGCUCACAGCCACGCAUCAGCCGCAGAUGGAUACAAUGCUCGCUAAAAUGAUUAAUAUUGCAACUUACCUUUGGUCACCAGAAAAGUCUGCCAUUUGCGGUUUCUAUGCAACAGGUCCGUUUAGUGAACUCGAUAGACUUGUUUACGAACUGUUUAGGCUGAUAUGUCCGGAAAUAGAAGGUAAACUUAUAGUAUACGAUAACAUGACGCUAACUGUGGAAGUUUGUCCGCCCGUGCUUCGUCCUGGCGACGAACGGGGCUCGGUCGCCCCCAGCUAG